AUGACGGUCUCUUCGACUGUGCAAGCUCUCGGAGUCACUGUGCCAGCGGUCGCGCAAGAGGCAGAUAUGCCCCAUCGUACGCUCAGCAAGUCAAUGACCUUUGCCAAUCUAGACCAACGCCAAUAUUGGCAUGCUGUUAGUCCAAUGCUGGGGAGAAUGCUCUCUGACGGUAACUACAGCAUUCAUAAGUAA